CCCUCGUCGCCGCUGAGCCCGGAGCAGCUGGUCCGGAUCCAGAAGAACAAGGCAGCGGCCUUACUCAGACUCGCCGCCCGCAACGUGCCCCCGGGCUUCGGGGAGAGCUGGAAGCAGCAGCUCCACGGAGAGUUCGGGAAGCCGUAUUUUAUCAAGCUAAUGGGAUUUGUCGCAGAAGAGAGAAAACACCACACUGUGUAUCCACCGCCAGACCAGGUCUUCACGUGGACCCAGAUGUGUGACAUCAGAGAGGUGAAGGUCGUCAUCCUGGGCCAGGACCCGUAUCACGGACCCAACCAAGCUCACGGGCUCUGCUUCAGUGUGCAGAGACCUGUGCCACCUCCACCCAGUUUGGAAAACAUUUACAAAGAGCUGUCCACGGACUUGGAUGACUUUGUUCCUCCUGGUCAUGGAGAUCUGUCUGGAUGGGCCAAGCAAGUGGAUUCCCGCGUCAGUGCCAUUCUGAGUGACAUUGACUUGCUUCUGCUGUUUAACGCUGGCUUGUGUAAGACAAAGCUGUCGGAGGAGGAAGACUCCGCGCAUGCCCCUUGGAAGGAGUGGCAGAAAAGGAGUAAAGAAGAUGGGCACCAUCUUCAAAGGACGGGGUCCCCAUUGCACACACACACACCCCCAGCGCAACAGGGCCAUACUGCACCCGGGACAUGGUGCCCCCACGGAGGUGCUCGAGAAGAGCCCUGGACGAGGUCCCCGAUGGGGCACCCCCCUAACUCUCGCUUGCCUUUUCAGAAGCGGCACCAUGUGCUGCAGACCGCCCAUCCCUCGCCGCUGUCUGUGUACCGGGGCUUCUUCGGCUGCCGGCACUUCUCCAGAACCAACGAGCUGCUCCGCAAGGACGGCCGCAAGCCCAUCGACUGGAAGGCGCUGUGAUUCGUUAAAGGGGCUGCCCGCUGCUGGCCAGGUGCAGGAAGCCACCACUCAAAGGAUUGGACGUGAAACCCGCUUUAAAAAUAUUUUUUCCCCUCAAGUGCCUUUUGCCCAUGUGGCCAUUGCGCCUUCUUUGCACGGUGGCUUGAAGGCAAAUGCAACGCUGCCGGUCAGUUUCUCGACUGCCACAAGCUGCCACCUGCACUGUGAGGGCUACAGGGGGGCACGGGCACCCUUGUAGGCAGUUAGGUGGCUGUUGCCCGUUUUCACCUGGUGGGUUAGGCUUUAAGGUCGAAGGUGGUGGGUAGUUUUGUUUGGGAAGGCCCCUGCUCACCAGCCUGCACCCUUGUUUCCACCACGGAUCUUAGAACGGGAAGAAAUGGGGACAUUGGGAAGCCCCAGGGAAUCUCUGCACCUUCCCAGCGGACCUGUCAUGAGACCACCUGGAUGGGCAGCGGCGAGGCACGUUUUGGCAGAAUGGUGGUCAGUGUCCACCCAGAUCUGCACCCCCUGAGCCAAGGGAGGGUUUCCUGGAAGGGAGGGUGGAAGUUGGUAAACAAGGUAGGAAAAGGAGAAAAGGGUUUUUUUAUGGGGAAGAAUGCUCGUGGGAGUUGAUCCCGAGUUGUUUUUUUAAGUUUUAUAAUUUUUUACUAAUAGCCCCCAAUGAAGGACAUUUUCCAACAAAAGGAUUCUCUUUUUAAACAACUAGUACAAAUUUUAAUUUCUGAGCCAUUGCUUUUACUGCUGAGUUGUGUGUGUGCACGGGGUGGGAUAGAUAAGAUUAUAAAUGCUCUUUUUUAUGGCCUGAAAUAAGUUGGGGGUGUUGUUUGUUUGUUUUUUCUUUCGGGAACAUUGAAGGAGGUUUUUUUACUGUUCUUUUUAACAGGUAUGCACGUGUGUAUGUAUAUUUAAAUUGUUUAGGCCUGCACCGCCAUCCUGUUAGAGAUGCUGUGAGCUGGGCGGAGAGUUAAACCUUGCUCGACUUUGGUAAUAAAAGAUUGUUGCCGUUAA